GUCCCGAGCGCCCAGCGCCUCUGCUCGCGGCCCCAGUCCCAGUGAGCGCGCGGCGAGCACUGCGGCGGCGGCAGCCUGGUGACCGGCUCGCCCUGAGGAGAGCUCCCGGUGAGGAAGAACACGGGGGAAGCGUCUGCUGGAGCCUUGGAUCGCCGGCCGAGGCAAGGGAUGGAAGUAUGAUGUGAUGGAUAGAAUUAUGGGAUACUGUGUGGGUACACGUCCUCCUCCUUCUUGCCUCAUCCUCCUCCUUCUCAAGCUUUUGGCUACUGUCUCCCAGGGGCUGCCAGGGACUGGACCCCUGGGCUUCCACUUCACACAUUCCAUUUAUAAUGCUACAGUGUACGAGAACUCCGCAGCAAGGACCUACGUCAACAGCCAGAGUAGAAUGGGCAUCACUUUAAUAGAUCUAUCCUGGGAUAUCAAAUACAGAAUUGUAUCAGGAGAUGAAGAAGGGUUUUUCAAAGCAGAGGAAGUCAUCAUUGCUGAUUUCUGUUUCCUCAGAAUAAGAACUAAAGGUGGCAAUUCGGCCAUAUUGAAUAGGGAAAUUCAAGACAAUUAUUUAUUGAUUGUAAAAGGUUCUGUCAGAGGAGAAGAUUUGGAAGCAUGGACCAAAGUGAAUAUACAGGUUUUAGAUAUGAAUGAUCUGAGACCUCUGUUUUCACCCACAACAUACUCAGUGACAAUAGCAGAAAGCACACCUCUAAGGACUAGUGUUGCCCAGGUGACAGCAACAGAUGCAGAUAUCGGUUCCAAUGGAGAAUUCUACUACUACUUUAAGAACAAAGUUGAUCUCUUUUCAGUUCAUCCCACAAGUGGUGUCAUCUCUUUAAGUGGACGAUUAAAUUACGAUGAAAAGAAUAGGUAUGAUCUGGAAAUUUUGGCUGUGGACCGGGGAAUGAAACUUUAUGGAAACAAUGGAGUGAGCAGUACCGCAAAGCUUUAUGUUCACAUUGAACGUGUCAAUGAACACGCCCCAACGAUCCAUGUAGUCACUCAUGUUCCCUUCUCAUUGGACAAAGAGCCGACAUAUGCAGUGGUGACGGUGGAUGACUUAGAUGAGGGGGCCAAUGGAGAGAUUGAAUCUGUUUCCAUUGUGGCCGGGGAUCCUUUAGAUCAGUUCUUCCUGGCCAAGGAAGGAAAGUGGUUGAACGAGUACAAGAUUAAGGAGAGAAAGCAGGUUGACUGGGAGAGCUUUUCCUAUGGCUACAACCUCACUCUUCAAGCAAAAGAUAAGGGGUCCCCUCAAAAGUUUUCAGCAUUAAAGACGGUUCACAUUGCCAAUCCCAAAAGAGACACUGUCCCAGUUAGAUUUGAAAAAGAAGUGUAUGACGUGAGCGUGAGUGAGUUUUCCCCUCCUGGUGUCGUGGUUGCUAUCGUUAAAUUAAGUCCUGAACCGCUCGAUGUGGAAUACAAAUUAUCUCCUGGUGAGGAUGCGGAGUAUUUUAAGAUUAAUCCUCGGUCCGGUCUGAUUGUCACAGGACAGCCACUGAACACUGUUAAGAAGGAGGUUUAUAAACUGGAGGUGACAAACAAGGAGGGAGAUUUAAAAGCACAAGUCACCAUCGGCAUAGAAGAUGCGAACGACCACACUCCGGAAUUUCAGCAGCUGCUGUACGAUGCUUAUGUGAAUGAGAGUGUUCCGGUGGGAACGAGCGUUCUGACAGUCUCGGCUUUCGAUAAGGAUAAAGGAGAAAACGGGUACAUCACUUAUAGCAUUGCUAGCCUGAAUUUGUUACCAUUUGCCAUUAACCAGUUUACGGGUGUCAUUAGCACAACUGAAGAAUUGGAUUUUGAGUCUUCUCCAGAAACGUACAGAUUCAUUGUGAGGGCCUCUGACUGGGGUUCGCCCUACCGCCAUGAGAGUGAAGUAAACGUGACUAUUAGAAUAGGAAAUGUCAAUGACAACAGCCCUCUCUUUGAAAAAGUGGCUUGCCAGGGAGUUAUUUCGUAUGACUUUCCAGUCGGUGGUCACAUCACAGCUGUCUCAGCAAUCGAUAUUGAUGAACUUGAACUUGUAAAGUACAAAAUCAUUUCUGGAAAUGAACUUGGCUUCUUUUAUUUAAACCCAGACUCUGGUGUUUUACAGCUUAAAAAGUCUCUGUUGAAUUCUGGAGUUAAAAAUGGUAAUUUUGCCCUCAGAAUUACAGCAACCGAUGGAGAGAAUCUUGCAGACCCCAUGUCUAUUAACAUUUCAGUCCUACAUGGGAAAGUGUCUUCAAAGAGCUUCAGUUGCAGAGAAACUCGUGUGGCUCAAAAGCUGGCAGAGAAACUGCUCAUUAAGGCUAAAGCAAAUGGGAAACUGAAUCUGGAAGAUGGAUUUCUUGACUUUUAUUCAAUUAAUAGGCAGGGACCACAUUUUGACAAGUCUUUUCCUUCUGAUGUGGCUGUGAAGGAGGAUCUACCAGUUGGUGCUAACAUCCUGAAGAUUAAAGCCUAUGACGCCGACUCUGGCUUCAAUGGAAAGGUGCUAUUUACAAUAGCUGACGGAAAUACAGAUAGUUGCUUUAACAUCGAUAUGGAGACUGGGCAGCUGAAGGUCCUUAUGCCCAUGGAUCGAGAACACACGGAUCUCUAUCUCCUUAAUAUCACCAUCUAUGACUUAGGUAAUCCACAAAAAUCUUCAUGGAGGCUGCUGACCAUCAAUGUGGAGGAUGCUAAUGACAAUAGCCCAGUUUUUGUUCAAGACAGUUACUCAGUUAAUAUUCUUGAAAGUUCAAGUAUUGGUACUGAGAUUAUUCAAGUGGAAGCCAGAGACAAAGACUUGGGUUCUAAUGGUGAAGUAACUUACUCAGUCUUGACGGAUACCCGGCAGUUUGCCAUCAAUAGCUCAACUGGAAUCAUUUAUGUAGCUGACCAAUUGGACAGGGAGUCAAAAGCAAACUACUCUUUGAAAAUAGAAGCCAGGGACAAGGCAGAAAGUGGUCAGCAGCUGUUCUCAGUUGUCACUCUUAAGGUGUUUUUGGAUGAUGUCAAUGACUGCUCCCCAGCUUUCAUUCCCAGUAGCUAUAGUGUGAAGGUCCUUGAAGAUCUUCCCAUUGGCACUGUCAUUGCUUGGCUGGAGACCCAUGAUCCAGAUCUUGGAUUGGGGGGUCAAGUGCGCUAUUCUUUGGUCAAUGACUAUAAUGGGAGAUUUGAAAUAGAUAAAGCAAGUGGCGCCAUCCGCUUGAGCAAAGAGCUCGACUAUGAAAAGCAGCAGUUCUAUAACCUCACAGUUCGGGCCAAAGACAAAGGGCGGCCUGUCUCUCUGUCAUCUGUUUCCUUUGUUGAGGUGGAAGUGGUGGAUGUCAAUGAAAACCUCCACACCCCAUAUUUCCCAGACUUUGCUGUUGUUGGAUCUGUAAAAGAAAACUCACGCAUUGGAACAAGUGUGCUACAGGUGACUGCCCAAGAUGAAGACUCCGGGAGAGAUGGAGAGGUCCAGUACUCCAUCAGGGAUGGAAGUGGUCUUGGAAGGUUCAGUAUAGAUGACGAGAGUGGGAUCAUCACUGCUGCAGACAUCCUUGAUCGGGAGACAACAGGUUCAUACUGGCUGACGGUAUACGCCACAGACCGGGGCGUUGUUCCACUCUAUUCCACCAUUGAGGUCUACAUUGAGGUCGAAGAUGUGAAUGACAAUGCCCCACUGACCUCGAAUAUUUACUAUCCCGUUGUCAUGGAAAACUCUCCAAAGGAUGUAUCUGUCAUUCAGAUCCAGGCUGAAGAUCCUGACUCUAGUUCCAGGGAAAAACUGACAUACAGAAUUACAAGUGGGAAUCCUCAGAAUUUUUUUGCCAUCAAUAUCAAAACAGGUCUGAUUACAACAACUUCAAGGAAAUUGGAUCGAGAACAGCAGGCAGAACAUUUUCUGGAGGUGACUGUGACAGAUGGCGGUCCCUCUCCGAAACAGUCAACCAUUUGGGUGGUGGUUCAGGUUCUGGAUGAAAAUGACAACAAGCCCCAGUUCCCGGAGAAGGUCUACCAGAUCAAGCUGCCCGAACGCGACCGAAAGAAGAGGGGGGAGCCCAUUUAUAGGGCUUUUGCAUUUGACAGAGAUGAGGGCCCCAAUGCAGAGAUCUCCUACAGUAUCGUGGAUGGCAAUGAUGACGGGAAGUUCUUCAUUGACCCUAAAACCGGCAUGGUUUCUUCCAGGAAGCAAUUUACAGCAGGGAGUUACGACAUCCUAACGAUAAAGGCAGUGGACAAUGGGCGCCCACAGAAAUCCUCCACGGCCCGCCUGCACAUUGAAUGGAUUAAGAAACCACCCCCUUCACCUAUACCGCUGACCUUCGAUGAGCCAUUUUAUAAUUUCACAGUCAUGGAAAGCGAUAGAGUAACUGAGAUUGUGGGGGUGGUGUCUGUGCAGCCAGCUAACACCCCUCUGUGGUUUGACAUAGUUGGGGGGAAUUUUGACAGCUCUUUUGACGCAGAGAAGGGUGUUGGGACGAUUGUCAUCGCAAAACCUUUGGAUGCAGAGCAGAGGUCCGUCUACAAUAUGAGUGUGGAGGUCACCGAUGGGACCAAUGUUGCUGUCACUCAGGUAUUUAUCAAAGUGCUGGAUAAUAAUGAUAAUGGCCCAGAAUUCUCUCAGCCGAAUUACGAUGUGACAAUUUCCGAGGAUGUGCUUCCAGAUACAGAGAUAUUGCAGAUCGAAGCCACAGAUAGAGACGAGAAGCACAAACUGAGCUACACCGUCCACAGCAGCAUCGACUCCAUCAGCAUGAGAAAGUUCCGCAUUGACCCUAGCACUGGCGUGCUCUACACUGCCGAGAGACUGGACCAUGAGGCCCAGGACAAGCACAUUCUCAACGUCAUGGUCAGAGAUCAGGAGUUCCCUUAUCGAAGAAACUUGGCCCGAGUCAUUGUGAAUGUGGAGGAUGCUAAUGAUCACAGUCCUUACUUUACCAACCCACUGUAUGAAGCAUCUGUGUUUGAAUCCGCUGCCCUGGGAUCAGCUGUUCUGCAAGUGACGGCUCUGGACAAAGACAAAGGGGAAAAUGCAGAACUCAUAUACACAAUAGAAGCAGGAAACACCGGGAACACGUUUAAGAUCGAACCAGUCCUGGGCAUCAUCACCGUUUCCAAAGAACCAGACAUGACGACGAUGGGUCAGUUUGUCCUGUCCAUCAAGGUCACAGAUCAGGGCUCCCCGCCAAUGUCUGCCACUGCAAUUGUGCGCAUUUCUGUCACCAUGUCCGAUAAUUCUCACCCCAAGUUCACACACAAAGACUACCAAGCAGAAGUAAAUGAAAAUGUCGACGUUGGGACAUCAGUCAUUCUCAUCUCCGCUAUCAGUCAAUCUACCCUCAUUUAUGAAGUCAAAGAUGGAGACACUGAUGGGGUCUUUACCAUAAACCCAUAUUCUGGAGUUGUCACCACCCGGAAGGCCCUGGAUUAUGAGCGCACUUCCUCUUAUCAGCUCAUCAUUCAGGCCACUAACAUGGCAGGAAUGGCUUCCAAUGCCACAGUCAAUAUUCAGAUCGUUGAUGAAAAUGAUAAUGCCCCGGUUUUCCUCUUUUCCCAAUACUCAGGCAGCCUGAGUGAGGCUGCCCCAGUCAAUAGCAUCGUCAGGAGCUUAGAUAACAGCCCACUGGUGAUUCGAGCCACUGAUGCUGACAGCAACCGCAAUGCUCUGCUGGUGUAUCAGAUUGUGGAGUCCAUGGCCAAGAAGUUCUUCACGGUGGACUCCAGCACCGGUGCAAUUAGAACCAUUGCCAACCUGGACCAUGAAACCAUCGCCCAUUUCCAUUUUCACGUGCACGUGAGAGACAGUGGCAGCCCCCAGCUGACUGCAGAGAGUCCCGUGGAAGUCAACAUCGAGGUGACAGAUGUGAAUGACAACCCGCCUGUUUUUACGCAGGCUGUGUUUGAGACUGUCUUACUCCUACCUACCUAUGUCGGAGUGGAGGUUCUGAAAGUCAGUGCCACAGACCCCGACUCUGAGGUGCCCCCCGAACUGACAUACAGCCUAAUGGAAGGCAGCUUGGAUCAUUUUUUAAUUGACUCAAAUAGUGGAGUGCUCACUAUAAAAAACAACAACCUCUCCAAAGAUCACUACAUGCUGAUAGUUAAAGUGUCUGACGGAAAGUUCUACAGUACGUCCAUGGUCACCAUCAUGGUUAAAGAAGCCAUGGACAGUGGCCUCCACUUUACGCAAAGCUUUUACUCCACGUCAAUCUCAGAGAACAACAUGAACAUAACCAAAGUUGCUAUUGUCAAUGCAGUUGGAAACCGCCUUAAUGAGCCCUUAAAAUACAGCAUCCUAAACCCAGGAAAUAAGUUCAAGAUAAAAUCUACCUCAGGGGUCAUUCAGACCACUGGAGUGCCCUUUGACCGUGAAGAGCAAGAGUUAUACGAGCUGGUGGUGGAAGCCAGCCGUGAGCUGGACCAUCUGCGUGUGGCCAGGGUGGUGGUCAGGGUUAACAUUGAAGACAUAAAUGACAAUUCUCCAGUCUUUGUGGGCCUCCCUUAUUACGCUGCUGUGCAAGUUGAUGCUGAGCCAGGGACUCAGAUUUACCAGGUAACAGCCAUUGACAAAGAUAAAGGUGCAAAUGGAGAAGUGACCUAUGUCCUACAGGAUGACUAUGGCCACUUUGAAAUUAACCCUACUUCAGGGAAUAUUAUUUUAAAAGAAGCAUUCAACUCUGACUUGUCCAACAUUGAGUAUGGAGUUACCAUUCUAGCAAAGGAUGGUGGAAAACCCUCUUUGUCCACAUCUGUGGAACUUCCCAUCACUAUUGUCAACAAAGCAAUGCCUGUGUUUGAUAAGCCCUUUUAUACAGCAUCCAUCAAUGAAGACGUCAGAGUGGACACCCCCAUCCUAAGCAUCAAUGCCACGAGUCCAGAAGGCCAAGGCAUCAUAUACAUCAUUAUUGAUGGGGAUCCUUUUAAACAGUUUAACAUUGACUUUGACACUGGGGUCCUGAAAGUUGUUAGCCCUUUGGAUUAUGAGGUUACCUCUGUUUACAAGCUGACAAUAAGAGCCAGCGACGCCCUUACUGGUGCUAGGGCUGAAGUCACUGUUGACUUGCUAGUCAACGACGUAAAUGACAACCCCCCUAUUUUCGAUCAGCCCACAUACAAUACAACAUUAUCAGAAGCAUCUCUUAUUGGGACACCUGUUUUGCAAGUUGUCUCUACCGAUGCAGACUCAGAAAACAACAAAAUGGUACAUUAUCAGAUCAUCCAGGAUACCUACAACAGCACAGAUUAUUUUCACAUAGACAGCACGAGUGGCUUGAUCCUGACAGCACGGAUGCUGGACCAUGAGUUAGUACAACACUGCACUCUGAAAGUCAGAUCCACAGACAGUGGCUUCCCAUCCCUGAGCAGUGAGGUUCUGGUUCAUAUCCACAUCUCCGACAUAAAUGACAACCCUCCGGUUUUUAAUCAGCUCAUUUAUGAGUCAUAUGUGAGUGAAUUAGCCCCCCGGGGCCAUUUUGUGACGUGUGUGCAAGCGUCUGAUGCAGACAGCUCUGACUGUGACCGGUUGGAAUACAGCAUUUUAUCUGGGAAUGACCGGACGAGCUUUCUCAUGGACAGCAAGAGCGGAGUCAUCACGCUGUCCAGCCACCGGAAGCAGCGGAUGGAGCCUCUGUACAGUCUCAAUGUGUCUGUCUCUGACGGGCUGUUCACCAACACUGCACAGGUGCACAUCAGGGUUCUCGGGGCCAACCUGUACAGCCCUGCCUUUUCACAGAGCACAUACGUCGCGGAGGUGAGAGAGAAUGCGGCCGCUGGCACAAAGGUAAUUCACGUCCGAGCCACAGACGGGGAUCCAGGGACUUACGGGCAGAUCAGCUAUGCCAUCAUCAAUGACUUUGCCAAGGACCGAUUCCUCAUCGACAGCAACGGACAGGUCAUCACCACAGAAAGGCUAGACCGGGAAAACCCUCUGGAGGGAGACAUUAGUAUUUUUUUGAGGGCUCUCGAUGGUGGAGGGAGAACAACUUUCUGCACCGUGAGGGUGAUUGUUGUGGAUGAAAAUGACAAUGCUCCCCAGUUCCUGGCAGUGGAAUAUAGAGCCAGCGUCAGGGCAGACGUUGGAAGGGGCCACUUGGUCACUCAGGUUCAAGCCAUGGAUCCAGAUGACGGAGCAAACUCAAGGAUUACGUACUCACUCUAUAGCGAGGCCUCAGUCUCGGUGGCUGACCUCCUGGAGAUCGAUCCUGACAAUGGCUGGAUGGUCACAAAAGGCAAUUUCAACCAGCUGAAAAAUACAGUGCUGUCCUUCUUUGUCAAAGCAGUAGACGGAGGCAUUCCCGUGAAGCACUCCCUCAUUCCCGUCUAUGUCCACGUCUUGCCCCCUGAAACAUUUUUGCCCUCGUUCACCCAGUCUCAGUAUUCUUUUGUUGUUGCAGAAGAUACAGCCAUUGGGAGCACAGUGGACACCCUGAGGAUUUUGCCCAGUCAAAAUGUCCGGUUCAGCACAGUUAAUGGGGAGCGACCAGAAAAUAACAGAGGAGGUAUCUUCAUCAUUGAACAGGAAACAGGCACAAUUAAGCUUGACAAGCGCCUUGACCAUGAAGCUAUCCCAGCUUUCCACUUUAAAGCAGCAGCCACUAUUCCCUUGGACAAGGUAGACAUCGUGUUUACCGUAGAUGUAGAUGUCAAGGUAUUGGAUUUGAAUGACAACAAGCCAGUCUUUGAAACUUCAAGCUACGAGACCAUCAUAAUGGAAGGGAUGCCUGUCGGCACCAAACUCACGCAGGUGAGAGCUACUGAUAUGGAUUGGGGAGCCAAUGGGCAGGUCACUUACUCCCUCCACUCAGAUUCCCAGCCUGAAAAGGUAAUGGAGGCAUUCAGUAUUGACGGCAACACAGGCUGGAUCAGCACCUUGAAGGACCUGGAUCACGAGACAGACCCCGAAUUCACCUUCUCUGUGGUGGCCUCUGACCUCGGAGAGGCAUUCUCUCUCUCUUCCACCACCUUGGUUUCUGUUAAGGUGACGGAUAUAAAUGACAAUGCACCAGUCUUUGCCCAUGAGGUGUACCGAGGAAAUGUGAAGGAGAGCGACCCGCCAGGUGAGGUAGUGGCUGUCCUCAGCACCUGGGACAGAGACACGUCUGACAUUAAUCGCCAAGUGAGCUACCAUAUUACAGGAUCACACUUUCGUGGCAGGUUUGCCCUGGGCCUGGUGCAAAGUGAGUGGAAGGUCUAUGUGAAGAGACCUCUAGACAGGGAAGAGCAAGACAUUUACUUCCUCAAUAUCACUGCCACUGAUGGACUCUUUGUCACACAGGCCAUGGUGGAAGUGACAGUCAGUGAUGUGAAUGACAAUAGCCCAGUGUGUGAUCAGGUUGCAUAUACAGCAUUAUUUCCUGAAGACAUUGCGUCAAAUAAAAUCAUCCUGAAGGUCAGUGCCAAGGAUGCCGAUAUUGGAUCCAAUGGAGAUAUACGAUACUCGCUCUAUGGAUCUGGAAACAAUGAAUUUUUUCUAGAUCCAGAAAGUGGCGAGUUAAAAACCUUGGCUCUGUUGGACCGGGAGAGGGUCCCUGUGUACAACCUGAUCGCCAGAGCCACGGACGGGGGUGGCAGGUUCUGCCAGUCUGACGUCCGCCUGAUCCUGGAGGAUGUGAACGAUAACCCCCCUGUGUUUUCUUCUGACCACUACAACGCCUGUGUCUAUGAGAACACGGCCACCAAGGCUCUGUUGACCAGAGUUCAAGCCGUGGACCCCGACGUUGGCAUCAACAGGAAGGUUGUGUACUCCCUGGCGGACUCGGCCGAUGGGGUCUUCUCCAUCGACAGCUCGUCAGGCAUCGUUAUCCUGGAGCAGCCGCUGGACCGCGAGCAGCAGUCUUCCUACAACAUCAGCGUGCAGGCCACCGACCAGAGUCCCGGACAGUCCCUGUCCUCUCUCGCCAUCGUCACCAUCACCGUCCUGGACAUUAAUGACAACCCCCCUGUGUUCGAGAGGAGGGACUACCUGGUGACAGUGCCUGAGGACACUUCUCCAGGCACCCAAGUCCUUGCUGUUUUUGCCACCAGCAAAGAUAUCGGCACAAAUGCUGAGAUUACGUAUCUCAUCCGGUCUGGGAAUGAACAGGCGAAAUUUAGGAUCAACCCAAAGACAGGGGGUAUUUCCGUCUCUGAGGUCCUGGACUAUGAAUUAUGCAAAAGGUUUUACCUGGUGGUGGAAGCCAAAGAUGGGGGCACCCCAGCUCUCAGCGCCGUGGCCACCGUGAGCAUCAGCCUCACAGACGUGAAUGACAACCCGCCCAAGUUCAGCCAAGACGUCUACAGCGCAGUCAUCAGUGAAGAUGCCUUGGUGGGAGACUCUGUCAUUUUGCUAAUAGCAGAAGAUGUAGACAGCCAGCCCAAUGGACAGAUUCACUUUUCCAUUGUGAAUGGAGAUCGGGACAAUGAAUUUACUGUGGAUCCUGUCUUGGGACUUGUGAAGGUUAAGAAGAAAUUGGACCGGGAACGGGUGUCUGGAUACUCCCUGCUUGUCCAGGCUGUUGACAGUGGCAUUCCCGCAAUGUCAUCCACCGCAACCCUCAACAUUGAUAUUUCUGAUGUGAACGACAACAGCCCAGUGUUCACACCUGCUAACUACACGGCUGUGAUUCAGGAAAAUAAGCCAGUGGGCACCAGCAUCUUGCAGCUGGUGGUGACAGACAGAGACUCCUUUCACAAUGGGCCUCCCUUUUCGUUCUCUAUUUUGUCGGGAAACGAAGAGGAGGAGUUUGUGCUGGACUCUCAUGGGAUCCUUCGGUCAGCCGUGGUCUUCCGGCACACGGAGUCUCCGGAGUACGUGCUGUGUGUCCAGGCAAAGGACUCGGGCAAACCCCAGCAAGUUUCUCACUCCUACAUCCGCGUGCGUGUCAUCGAGGAAAGUAUCCACAAGCCCACAGUCAUUCCCCUGGAAAUCUUCAUCGUCACCAUGGAGGACGACUUUCCUGGUGGGGUCAUCGGGAAGAUCCACGCCACAGAUCAAGACAUGUACGACGUGCUCACGUUUGCUCUGAAAUCAGAGCAGAAGAGCUUGUUUAAAGUGAACAGUCACGAUGGGAAAAUCAUCGCCCUGGGAGGCCUGGACAGCGGCAAGUAUGUCCUGAAUGUGUCUGUGAGUGACGGCCGCUUCCAGGUGCCCAUUGACGUGGUCGUGCACGUGGAGCAGCUGGUUCACGAGAUGCUGCAGAACACCGUCACCAUCCGCUUCGAGAACGUGUCCCCCGAGGACUUCGUGGGGCUGCACAUGCAUGGGUUCCGGCGCACCCUGCGGAACGCGGUCCUCACCCAGAAGCAGGACAGCCUGCGCAUCAUCAGCAUCCAGCCCGUGGCGGGCACCAACCAGCUGGACAUGCUGUUCGCCGUGGAGAUGCACAGCAGCGAGUUCUACAAGCCGGCCUACCUGAUCCAGAAGCUGUCCGGUGCCAGGAGGCACCUGGAGAACGUCAUGCGCAUCUCCGCCAUCCUGGAAAAGAACUGCUCGGGGCUGGACUGCCAGGAGCAGCACUGCGAGCAAGGCUUGUCCCUGGAUUCCCACGCGCUCAUGACCUACAGCACGGCCCGCAUCAGCUUCGUGUGUCCGCGUUUCUACAGGAACGUGCGCUGCACCUGCAAUGGAGGACUGUGCCCAGGUUCCAACGAUCCUUGCCUGGAGAAGCCGUGUCCAGGGGACAUGCAGUGUGUCGGUUAUGAAGCCAGCAGAAGACCCUUCCUCUGCCAGUGUCCACCAGGGAAGCUCGGAGAGUGCUCAGGGCACACUUCUCUCAGCUUUGCUGGAAAUAGUUACAUCAAAUACCGGCUUUCUGAAAAUAGCAAAGAAGAGGACUUUAAACUAGCUCUGCGUCUUCGAACCCUGCAAAGCAAUGGGAUUAUAAUGUACACCAGAGCAAAUCCCUGCAUAAUUCUGAAGAUCGUGGAUGGCAAGCUGUGGUUCCAGCUGGACUGCGGCAGCGGCCCCGGAAUCUUGGGCAUCUCCGGCCGCGCCGUCAACGACGGGAGCUGGCACUCGGUCUUCCUGGAGCUCAAUCGCAAUUUCACCAGCCUGUCCCUGGACGACAGCUACGUGGAGCGGCGCAGGGCGCCCCUCUACUUCCAGACGCUGAGCACCGAGAGUACCAUCUACUUCGGCGCCCUGGUGCAGGCAGAUAACAUCCGCAGCCUGACCGACACGCGGGUCACGCAGGUGCUCAGCGGCUUCCAGGGCUGCUUGGACUCAGUGGUGCUGAACAACAAUGAGCUGCCUCUGCAGAACAAGCGCAGCAGCUUCGCGGAGGUGGUGGGCCUGACGGAGCUGAAGCUGGGCUGCGUGCUCUACCCCGACGCGUGCGAGCGCAGCCCGUGCCAGCACGGGGGCAGCUGCGCCGGCCUGCCCUCUGGAGGCUAUCAGUGUACCUGUCUCUCACAGUUCACGGGGAGAAACUGUGAAUCGGAGAUCACAGCCUGCUUCCCAAACCCCUGCAGGAAUGGAGGAUCCUGCGACCCAAUAGGAAACACUUUCAUCUGCAAUUGCAAAGCUGGGCUCACAGGAGUCACGUGCGAGGAGGACAUCAACGAGUGCGAGCGGGAGGAGUGCGAGAACGGCGGCUCCUGCGUCAACGUGUUCGGCUCCUUCCUGUGCAACUGCACGCCGGGCUUCGUGGGCCAGUACUGCGGGCUGCGCCCCGUGGUGGUGCCCAACAUCCAGGCCGGCCACGCCUACGUGGGCAAGGAGGAGCUCAUCGGCAUCGCCGUGGUGCUCUUCGUCAUCUUCAUCCUGGUGGUCCUCUUCAUCGUCUUCCGCAAGAAGGUCUUCCGCAAGAACUACUCGCGCAACAACAUCACGCUGGUGCAGGACCCCGCCACGGCCGCGCUGCUGCACAAGAGCAACGGCAUCCCGUUCCGCAGCCUGCGCGGCGGCGGGGACGGCCGCAACGUGUACCAGGAGGUGGGCCCGCCGCAGGUGCCCGUGCGCCCCAUGGCCUACACGCCCUGCUUCCAGAGCGACUCCAGGAGCAACCUGGACAAGAUCGUGGACGGGCUGGGGGGCGAGCACCAGGAGAUGACCACGUUUCACCCCGAGUCGCCGCGCAUCCUCACCGCCAGGCGGGGCGUGGUCGUGUGCAGCGUGGCCCCCAACCUGCCCGCCGUGUCGCCCUGCCGCUCCGACUGCGACUCCAUCCGGAAGAAUGGCUGGGACGCGGGCACUGAGAAUAAAGGGGUUGAUGACCCGGGAGAAGUGACCUGCUUUGCCGGCAGUAAUAAAGGCAGCAACUCUGAAGUCCAGUCCCUCAGCUCCUUCCAGUCAGAUUCUGGCGACGACAAUGCCUAUCACUGGGACACCUCUGACUGGAUGCCAGGGGCCCGGCUGUCGGACAUAGAGGAGGUGCCCAACUACGAAAACCAGGAAGGAGGGUCCGCACACCAGGGCAGCACGCGGGAGUUGGAGAGCGAUUACUACCUGGGCGGCUAUGACAUCGACAGCGAAUACCCUCCCCCUCACGAAGAGGAGUUCUUGAGCCAGGACCAGCUGCCUCCUCCUCUGCCAGAGGACUUCCCAGACCAGUACGAGGCCCUGCCACCCUCCCAGCCUGUCUCCCUGGCCAGCACCCUGAGCCCAGACUGCAGGAGAAGGCCCCAGUUCCAUCCUAGCCAGUACCUCCCUCCUCACCCCUUCCCCAACGAAACGGAUUUGGUGGGCCCGCCUGCCGGCUGUGAAUUUAGUACUUUUGCCGUGAGCAUGAACCAGGGCACCGAGGCCACAGGCCCGGCAGACAGCGUGUCUCUGUCCUUGCACAAUUCCAGAGGCACCUCGUCCUCGGAUGUGUCGGCCAACUGUGGCUUCGACGAUUCCGAAGUAGCCAUGAGUGACUACGAGAGCGUGGGCGAGCUCAGCCUCGCCAGCCUUCACGUCCCCUUCGUGGAGACUCAGCACCAGACCCAGGUGUAGAGAGAGGCCACGUCCCGGGCACUUGGCCCCGUUGGUUAUGGAAAAGUGGAAGGAGAUUGGCUGGGCUCGAGUCUCUCCAUGGAAAGUAGUUGGUGAAACGAGAAGGAGGUGUGGUAUUUUCCACCAGGAACUUCUUCACCAAGUCAUACUGUCACAAGCAAGCUCGAUUCCAACUGGGUGAAAAGGAAAGGCUCAGAAAUUGUUUCUGAGAGAUGACUGGUACCCCUGGAUGUGGGUGCCUGCGUUCCCGGCUAAGAGUGUGGAAGAGGGAAAAUGUCACCCACUGAGUUACGCCGUAGAGCUCGUAUGGCUUUGUGCAGUCUUGAGCCCUGGGAAGUGUUACAGCAUCAAUCCUUGCAGUAUUAAAAACUGGCAACAAUCAAAGAAGUGUUGUUGCAUGUAAUUUUAAGCCAAUGAAUUGAAAAUAGUAGUAAUGAUUGUUGGAAAAGUUAGUCUCUUAGGCAAAAGAAAAGAGAAGCAAAUAUUAUUAAACAAACAAAAUGGGCUAAAGCCUUUAAAAUCAACUCUAUUUUUUUUAAUAAGCUGCCCAAUUUUCAGCUAUAAAACUAGGUUUGAGUAACA